UCGCUCGCUCGCUGCCCAUAUAUACGCGCGCCUCGCGUCUCCACUUCCCCUGCUAUUACUACUAGUACAAAACCAACGCGAAGCUCUCGUCGCGCACAACCAACUCGACACCGCGGCGAGGCGAACCAACGCGCGGCGUGGGCAUGGGGAGGUCGCCAUGCUGCGAGAAGGCGCACACGAACAAGGGGGCGUGGACGAAGGAGGAGGACCAGCGGCUGAUCGCCUACAUCAAGGCGCACGGCGAGGGUUGCUGGCGGUCGCUGCCCAAGGCGGCGGGGCUCCUCCGCUGCGGCAAGAGCUGCCGCCUCCGCUGGAUGAACUACCUCCGCCCCGACCUCAAGCGCGGCAACUUCACCGACGACGACGACGAGCUCAUCAUCAAGCUCCACGCCCUUCUCGGCAACAAGUGGUCGUUGAUUGCGGGGCAGCUGCCGGGGAGGACGGACAACGAGAUCAAGAACUACUGGAACACGCACAUCAAGCGCAAGCUCCUGAGCCGGGGCAUCGACCCGCAGACGCACCGGCCGGUCAGCGCCGGGAGCAGCGCCGCCGCGGCGAGCGGGCUGACCACGACGGCCAGCACCGCCGCCUUUCCGUCCCUUGCGCCGGCGCCGCCGCCGCAGCAGCACAGGCUACACAACCCGGUGCACGCCGCGGCGCCGAGCAAUGCGAGCUUCGCCAGGUCCGCGGCGUCCCCGCCGUCGGAGGACGGCCACAGCAGCAGCGGCGGCAGCUCGGACGCGCCGCGGUGCCCCGACCUCAACCUCGACCUCGACCUCGACCUGUCCAUGAGCCUGCCGAGCUCGCCGCCCAAGACGCCGGCCGCCGCGUCGUCCACGACCGCGUCGCGCCACCAUCACCACCAGCAGCAGAAGACCAUCUGCCUCUGCUACCACCUCGGCGUCCGCAACGGCGACGUCUGCAGCUGCAAGGCGGCCGCGCCAUCGCCGGCCGGCCCACGCGCGUUCCGGUUUCUCAGGCCACUGGAGGAGGGCCAGUACAUAUAGCACAGCAGGCUUUAGGGAAAAAAAACCUGUAAAAAACACAAAAAAAAACGGUGGGCAAUAGAGUUUUUUCUAAGUUCUAAUGGAGAUGACUGAUGUUGAUUAGUUUGAUUCUUGAUGUUUAUCAUUAACCAAAAAUCUGAUUCUUUUCCUCUUCCCAA